AACAUCAGAAGAUCGAUUGGUUCAAAGAUAAGAGGACGUAAGAUUUCAUGCGGGUAUCUAUCUGAAAGACGAUUAAGUGAAUGUUGAUUUAUUUGACGGAACAGUGCUGGCAGAAAAUGCAAUUUAACUACUUGUUUAAAGUGACUACCAACGCCAUUGAUAACAUUAGAUACCUAUAUUUUCUUUCCCCCAUAUAUUCGUGCAAAUAGCGCUAGAGCAGUAGUACGUGAUGUUUUAUCUGACGAAGUGGAAAAUCCUGUGACAGUUCAUGUCAGCAUCAGUUUGGAAAGACCUAAGAAUAAUUGUUAUGUAGUCUGUUUUGAUGUAGUGUGUAUUACUAGUCAUUAGAACAUUUGAAUGAAAAAAUCACAAUCUGUUAACAUUAUGAUAAGUCAAGAUCAAGGGGAGAGUGGUAAGGAAGAUUCUGAAAAUGGGGAAGACUUGUCUUCCCACACCAUUCCAGGGACAUCGGAAUGUUCUGAAAGAAGCCCAUCUGUAACUGAUGAGGCAUCUGUAGAUUGUUCAGAGAAAAGCAUAUCAGUUCAAAAAUAUGAGGAAGAAUGGGAACAAAUAUAUUUUCACGAAGAUCCUGACUUGGGAGAAUUGCGGAGGAGGGCUGUUACUGGCAAUCUGCGUGCUUCCCGUUUCAGGAGUGUAUGUUGGAGAGCUCUUCUGAGUGUUUUUUCUAAUGAUAAAAGCAGUUGGUUGAAAGAACUUAGACGAUUUCGACAGCAUUAUGAACAAAUGUCUCAGGAAUUUUGUGUAGAUCCUUGGUUAAAUAGCAACCCAGAAGAUAAUCCUUUGAAUCAAAAUGCUGGUAGUUCCUGGCAUCAGCACUUCUGUGACAAUGAACUGAAAGCUGUUAUACGUCAAGAUGUUGUCAGAACAUUCCCAGGGGUCGACUACUUCCGCAAAGAAACUGUUCAGAAGGCCAUGUUAAAUGUUUUAUUUGUGUAUGCUCGUGAAAAUCCAGAUAUGUGUUACAGACAAGGUAUGCAUGAGAUUUUGGCUCCAUUGUUGUUUGUUUUGCACUGCGAUCAUCAAGCACUACUUCAUACAAAGGAACAGGUGCCAGUAAGUGAUUCAGUAAGUGAAAUGCUUGAUCCAGCAUAUCUUGAAGCUGAUUCCUAUUCUUUAUUUUGUCUUAUUAUGGAAGGAAUUUCAUGUUAUUAUAAAAUAAAUGAUAGUGCACCAUCAGCUACUGGCUAUUUCCCUCCAAAUCUGCAGUCUCCUGUUCCACCUCCGGGUGGAAAAGGAAAAGAAAAUGAAAUACUUGUGCAACUGGAGUCUAUAAAAGAGAAUCUUCUGGUACCCAAUGAUAAGGAAUUGGCUGAAUACCUCAAUCGUCUGGAAAUAACUUUACCAGUAUUUGGAAUCCGAUGGCUUCGCCUCCUCUUUGGAAGAGAGUUUCCACUUCAGGAUCUUUUGGUGCUGUGGGAUGCAAUUUUUGCAGAGGGAAAAGAUUUUGGUCUUGUUCAUUAUGUGGUUGUGGCAAUGUUAGUUGCCAUUCGAAAUCAAUUGUUGGAUUCAGAUUACACCACUUGCUUGAUGCAUCUCAUGAGGUAUCCAGGGGCUGUUGAUAUAACAUUCAUAAUAGAACAUGCAUUAUACUUGAAAGAUCAUCAGAAAUACAAUCGCCCGGUUUGUACAAGUUUUCCUCCACUACCCAAAAAAGCUUCUGGACAGCCAGAAUCACAUCGUUCUGGUCAUUCAGGAAGACACUUGAGUACUCACAGUCUACCUCGAACAAAAUCUGUGUCUUCCGUGAAUCGCGAUGAGAAAAGUCAACAGCGAAAACCACGUGCAGCAUCAGGAUCUUCACUCUCAGACAGAUUUAAAAACUACACACGAUCAACAAAAUCAGGUCAGUGGAGUGCAGUCAAGAGUCAUCGCAGCAGUUCUGUUAGAGGAGAAGGAGAUAGCAAUACAUCUGGAACUGCAGCAGGCGCUGGAAUUGUAGAAGGAUUUGCUUUGAAUGAUCCUACUGUGAUAAUCUCUGAACUCCAGCGUGCACGAGCAGUGAUGUCUCUGUGUCGUUUGAAACUUGCUCAAUACCGUGGUAUUCUGUCUGAAGCCAUUAAUCCUGCAGAAUAUCCAGAUGCCCAGCAAGCUCUAGAUGGAAUGAAUGAGAUCCCUUGA